AUGGAGAAGGCAGAUUUUGAGACAGAUUCGAAGCAGAAGUUGUACACGAGUAUGCGCCUUUGGGAAUUUCCGGAUCAGUAUGUCAUUGAGCCCUCGGAUGGCUCUUCAGGCUCUUCAUUGUCUGUCAGUCGAAAGGAUGGCUCGAUGAAGCUUAUUGAUGAGAUUCCACGAUACAACUCCCUUCGAGUUCCUAAGAUUUGGCCAAUUUUUGGCGUCGUUGGGAUGUUGAGGCUUUUGACUGGAUCAUAUUUGAUGGUUAUAAAACAGCGUGAAAAUGCUGGAUCUUACCUGGGGAAUCCAAUUUUCAAAAUUUCAUCCUUGAAGACCUUUCCUUGUAAUCAUUCUCUUGAGAAUACUCCUGCUGAGCAGAAGAAGACAGAGAUUGAGUUCUCUGGGCUGCUAAAUGUUGCAGAGAGGACUUCUGGUCUGUUCUUCUCAUAUACCACCAAUUUAACCCUGAGCGUCCAGCGAUUGCAUGAGCUGGGGGCUCAGUCUAGAUCAGUUCCUCUUUGGAGACAGGCAGAGCCUCGAUUUCUCUGGAACAAUUAUAUGCUGGAAGCUCUCAUAGACAACAAGCUUGACCCAUACAUACUACCUGUUGUCCAAGGAAGCUUUCAUUACUUUCAAUCAGCAAUUGGGAAGGACAUAAUUGACAUCACUUUAAUUGCAAGGAGAUGCUCGAGAAGAAAUGGAACUCGGAUGUGGAGAAGAGGAGCUGACUGUGAUGGUUAUGUUGCUAAUUUUGUGGAAACUGAACAAAUUAUGCAGAUUAAUGGGUAUACAGCUGCUUUUGUUCAGAUUCGUGGUUCAAUCCCAUUGCUUUGGGAGCAAAUAGUUGACCUGACAUAUAAGCCUAAGUAUGAGUUGGUAAAAGUUGAAGAAUCUCCUCGAGUAAUGGAGCGUCAUUUCAUCGAUUUAAGAAAAAAAUAUGGGGCCGUUUUAGCUGUUGAUCUUAUCAACAAGCAUGGAGGAGAAGGGCUGCUGAAUGACAAGUUUGCAAAUACAGUGCAGUCUGUCAUUAGCGAUGAUAUAGGAUACCUGCAUUUUGAUUUUCAUCACGUCUGCGGGCACAUUCAUUUUGACCGCCUUGCUAUCCUGUAUGACCAAAUUUCAGAUUUCCUUGAGAGAAAUGGUUAUCUUCUGUUGAAUGAAAAGGGCGAGAAAAUGAAGGAGCAACUUGGAGUUGUCAGGACCAAUUGCAUCGAUUGUCUAGACCGAACAAAUGUGACUCAGAGCAUGAUUGGCCGAAAUACGUUAGAAAAUCAGCUUAGAAGGCUUGGUGUCUUUGGUCCUGAAGAAACCAUUAGUUCGCAUCCAAAUCUAGAUGAAAGCUAUAAGAUCUUAUGGGCUGACCAUGGCGAUGAUAUAAGUGUUCAAUAUUCAGGCACUCCUGCUCUAAAAGGAGACUUUACCAGAUUUGGGCACCGCACAAUUCAAGGAAUAUUCAAAGAUUUUUGGAAUGCUCUUCUACGCUAUUAUCUAAAUAAUUUUUGUGAUGGAACAAAGCAGGAUGCAAUUGAUCUCGUGCAAGGACAUUACAUAGUUUCAGUCAACCGAGAUAUGGCUCCCUCUUCUCAGAAAGGAGGCCUGGAAACUAUAGCUUCCUUUCCUGGGGCUUUGUCGCUGGUUUUGAUUGGGUUCUUUUUUGCAACAAUGUCUUUGAGGCAAGUUCGGUAUGAUUUUCGGCACUUCUUCUUUUCGCUGAUUUGGGCCAGCAUCAGCGUGGGCAUAGCAGCAUUUGUGAGGGCCAAUGGUCGGCUUUUCUGCAACAGACCUCGCCUGCUCAAGCCCCGGUGCUAG